AUGUCUGCUCCCACUGAGACCCCUAUUGCUCCGGGUGGGCCCAUCGACGAUAACGAUGUGAAUCAUUGGAAGGAUCGCUUCAACGAUGUCUUGUCUCGACCUGGCGAGCAUGUCAACUCGAGAUCCCCGGCUGGUGCUGCGGGCUGGGCCACACACCUUUUCGACUGCUUCAACCCCAUUGACCUUUGCCUCAUCACUUGCUGUGUCCCCUGUGUCACAUUCGGCAAGACUCACCACCGAAUCAACAAGAAUGGCAACAUGGAGGGCUAUGAGCCCGUCAACACCUCCUGUCUUCUCUUCUGCGGCUCUGGUUGCUGUGGACUUCACUGGAUCCUCGCCAGCAUGCAGCGUGCCACGAUCCGCGAAAAGUACAAUCUCGAGGGCAACUGCAUCGAGGACAUUGCCAAGUCCUUCUGCUGUGGUUGCUGCAACCUCAUUCAGCUAGAGAAGGAGACGGAGCACCGCGAGGCGCUCUUGAGGAACGGCAACUCGGAGCAGUACAAGGCGAACACUGGCGGCAUGGUGUAUCCCGGAGCCAACUAA